CAUGUCUAUUGGGCCGAGGAAGUCAGGAGGCUAUAGUGAAGUUGGUUCAGCACCGGGGUUCUUGAGUAACAGAGCAGUUACGGGUGAUAUUUUGGACACUUUUGCAGAUUUGUCACAUAAAUCAGAUCUAGCUUUUGAUUAGAUAGAUCUUGAUUUAAUGGUAACUUGACAUACAAGUGAAUACCUUUGCAACGUGAAAUUCUGCACCUUGUUUACUAUUGAUUUUGUCCCGUGGGUUCCAUCAAAACUCCACGUCUUUGCAGUGAUAAUACACAACAUAAGAUUUAUUUCCGGCGCAUUUAGCAAAUCUGUAGAAUAUGUUGGUUUCAAAGUGUUUUUUCAUUUAGUGUUUUGUUACAACAAAUGGAUAUUAAUUAACAAGUAAAACUGAGAAAAGGCAAAACGUUAUUCAUGAGUGUGCAACUACUUUUUCUUACGCUCAUAUACUUGGAGCAGACUUGCAUUUAAACAGCUUAAUACUGAAACCCUUUACUUCUUCAGUGUUACUGUCGAAUAAAGAUGUUUUGCUCAUUUAAAAAAGUGGCUCAUGCGAGAUGGGUUGCUCUUUAUCGUCACGUCGAAACUGCUAGCCUUUGUAGGGGAGGCUGUGGAAAUACGGGACCAGGUAGCUCGUUCAGAAAGUUCAGUACCUCUGGCAAGCGGAGGAAUGUUGCCAUGUCUGCGUGGGUCAUCGAUACGUAUGGCAAGAACGACAUUUUGAGGUUCACCAAAGAUGCCGCCUUUCCUAUGAUCAACUAUCCAAAUGAAGUCAUCGUUAAAGUUCACGCCGCAAGCGUGAACCCCAUUGACAUUAACAUGAGAUGGGGCUAUGGCUCAGCUACGUUGAAUGUGAAACGAGAUCCGCUGAGGAUCAAGGAAGCGGACAGCGAAUUCCCAUUAAUUUUAGGGCGAGAUGUCUCUGGUGUAGUCAUGGAAUGUGGAUUAAACGUGUCAUAUUUCAAACCGGGAGAUGAGGUAUGGGCAGCCAUUCCACCCUGGAAACAAGGCAGUUUAGCAGAAUUCGUACUACUGAGUGGCAAUGAGGUUUCACAAAAGCCUAAAACCCUCAGCCACACCCAGGCUGCAGCCAUUCCCUAUGUGGCAGCAACCACGUGGUCGGCUUUGGUGAACUCGGGGGGGCUGAACAAGGAUAACUGCACUGGAAAGCGUGUUUUAAUAAUAGGUGCUUCAGGGGGAGUUGGAACAUUUGCAAUUCAGCUGCUAAAAGCUUGGGGGGCCAAUGUAACAGGAACAUGUUCCCAGAAUGCCGAGACGCUGGUGCGAGGUUUGGGAGCAGACCAUGUGGUGGACUAUACAGCAGGACCCGUAGACUCACAGUUGAGAGCUCUUGAGCGGUUUGAUGUGAUUCUCGACAAUGUGGGAGGAGACACGGAAAAGUGGGCCUUGUCUUUACUGAAGCCUUGGUCUGGAGCCAAAUACGUCACAUUGGUGACGCCCUUUCUGCUCAACACAGACAGGCUGGGGGUGCCUAAUGGAAUGCUGCAGAAUGGGAUCACCAUUGGCAAGAAGGCGUUGAAGAAUCUGUGCAAAGGAGUGCACUACCGCUGGGGGUUCUUCGCUCCAAGCGGCCCCGUGCUUGAUGAAGUCAGCGAGCUUGUUGAUGCUGGAAAGAUCCGCCCGGUCAUUGAGCAGCAGUUCACCUUCUCGCAGGUCCCGGACGCCUUGGAGAAAGUGGAGUGGGGCCACGCAAGAGGGAAGACCGUGGUCACCAUCGCUGGGGUCCACCAGUAACCCCAGAGCUCCGAACAAAUCGGAGUCAACGCCACACCUAGCUGCUGGCCUACAUGCUCGUCUUUCCAGCUUACAUCGAAAGUUUAGGUUCAUACAAACACGUUGUUUAUUUUCUUUGCAGUCAUCGAAUCCAGGUGGAAUGUAUUGUUAACGAUUACUGUAAAAUGCUCUUUAUACAGAGGUGUAUCACAGUUUCCUUUAUUAAAACCACAAAAGGAGUGCUGUAGUUUGUGCUCCAUUUUUUAUUAGUAGUUGUGUUACCUUCAAUAGAACAAAAGGCCUCUACAAGCUCAUGUUACAAGAUGUCUUGGAACAGUAGAUUGCACUCUUGCUGCUUCCCUAUAUUGCCUUGGUGAGGAAUAGAAGAAUCUGCAUACAUAAUUUCCCUUUCAUAUGCAACUCUCUACAGCUCUGAAGCACCCCUGCAGUAUAUACAGUAAAAUAUAUUGCUUUCUCCUACUACCAGUGUGGAUCACUUUGCACUCUUUAAUGGCGAUUUUCAUGUGUCGUAUGUCAGUCCAAUCCAUGAUUUUAUCUUUCUGUAACUCCCUUGCUGCAGUUUCUGUGUUUACAACUUCCCUUAUGUAAGUAUCACCAGUACAUUUGACUUGUUCUCUAGCAAUACCAGAUACAGUAUAUAUACUGUAGCAAUGGGCCUAAACAGAUCCCUGAGGCACACAGAAGAAUGCUGGUAGCUACAGUAAAUCUGUCUAUGUACAUACAGUAUAUGUUACCUUGGAUCGCUAUGGAUUUUGAGAAUCCUUAUAUGAUGGAUCCUAUUAAAUGCUUUUUGGAAAUCUAAA